GCAAUUUCAACGCACGUUGAGCUCAUAAUUCAGACAAGUCAAUUGUAUAAAACGUAAAGACCGAGAUCUUUAAGCUUUUGUCUCCUUGAACAAAACUACACUCACGAAUCUCGGGAUCCACAUCAAGCUGCCGCAGCCAUGGUGUUUGAUGCCGAGAAGCAAUCGAUCGUUCAUGUUGAACAGAUUGGUGAUUCAUCUUCAGGUGGGCUUAGCUCACUACAAGAACCUUUGAUACAGCAGAAGCACAGCCCAGAAAACUACUCUGUUCUUGCAGCCAUUCCCCCGUUUCUCUUCCCAGCUCUUGGAGCCUUUCUUUUUGGUUAUGAGAUUGGUGCCACGUCUUGUGCUACCAUUUCUAUUAAGUCGCCUACACUAAGUGGAAUCUCAUGGUACAACUUGUCUUCAGUGGAUGUUGGUAUCAUUACUAGUGGCUCACUGUAUGGUGCCUUGAUCGGAUCAAUUGUGGCAUUUAGUAUUGCUGACAUUAUAGGAAGAAGAAAAGGGUUGAUCACUGCUGCAUUCUUAUACCUUGUUGGAGCCAUUGUUACUGCAUUAGCACCUGUCUUUCAUGUCCUGAUCAUUGGACGUGUUGUGUAUGGCAUUGGGGUUGGACUGACAAUGCAUGCGGCUCCAAUGUACAUUGCUGAGACUGCACCUAGUCAGAUACGUGGACGUAUGAUAUCACUAAAGGAAUUCUCCACCGUCUUUGGGAUGGUUGGAGGAUAUGGAAUCGGUAGCCUCUGGGUUACAGUUAUAUCUGGUUGGCGUUACAUGUAUGCGACAGUUAUUCCUGUGCCAAUUAUUAUGGCAAUUGGAAUGUGUUGGCUACCAGCAUCUCCUAGGUGGCUUUUACUGCGCUCUCUUCAGGGAAAAGGAGAUGCGGAGAGCCUUCAAGACGAAGCAAUCAAGUCUCUUCGCCGCCUUAGAGGGUCUGUAGUAGUUGACUCAGCUGCUGAACAGGUAGACGAGAUCUUGGCUGAACUUUCCUCUGUGGGUGAGGAUAAAGAAGCUACAAUUGGUGAAUUGUUUCAAGGUAAGUGUUUGAAAGCUCUCACUAUAGCAGGAGGUUUAGUCUUGUUCCAGCAGAUAACUGGACAACCAAGUGUGCUUUAUUAUGCACCAUCAAUACUACAGACUGCUGGCUUCUCUGCUGCAACUGAUGCAACUCGGAUCUCAAUCCUGCUCGGUAUUUUGAAGUUGGUUAUGACUGGAGUUGCUAUUGUAGUGAUUGACAAACUUGGAAGGAGGCCUUUACUUCUUGGUGGUGUCAGUGGCAUGGUGAUCUCAUUGUUCCUCCUGGGCUCCUACUACAUCUUUUAUAAUAAUGUACCAGCUGUUGCUGUGGCUGCAUUGCUACUCUAUGUGGGCUGCUAUCAGUUAUCCUUUGGUCCUAUUAGUUGGCUGAUGAUGUCAGAGAUAUUUCCCUUAAAACUAAGAGGCAGAGGAAUCAGCAUAGCAGUGCUUGUGAAUUUCGGCACAAAUGCGCUUGUGACAUUCGCUUUCUCACCUAUGAAGGAGUUGUUAGGAGCUGGAGUUCUGUUCUGUGGAUUUGGGGCGAUAUGUGUACUGUCUCUCUUCUUUAUAUACUUCAUUGUGCCUGAGACAAAGGGUCUCACUCUUGAAGAGAUUGAAGCCAAAUGCCUCUAAAAGGUUUCUUAUCUUAGCUCCAUUUUAACUGCUGCUUCACUUGCUUGAGGCUCUGAACGGGAAACA